AACCGAUUGAACCGAUUCAAAAAUAAAAAUAAACAAACAAACAAAACGAUUGUCAAACAAGCUGAAGGAUUUAAUAAUAUUAUAAGGAUGUCUCGUAAGGAAGCUUUAUCACAAUUUAUCAACCAAAUUCAUGGACGAGCAGUUGUGGUGAAAUUGAACAGUGGUGUUGAUUAUAGAGGUGUUCUCGCUUGCUUGGAUGGAUACAUGAAUAUUGCUUUGGAUCAGACAGAAGAGUACCAAAAUGGUCAAUUGAAGAAUAAGUAUGGAGAUGCAUUUAUUCGAGGAAAUAAUGUUUUGUACAUCAGCACAAGCAAGCUAGUUAAAAAAUAAAAUAAAGUAAUUAAGCUUAAUUAAUGAUAAGGAAACAAUAAAAUCACAUGAUAAUUUCAUAACUCCU